AUGGCUCCCAGGAGCUCCGACUCGUCAAAACGCACAGAUGUGCAUGUCGUGCAGUACGGAGACUCGGGGACGCCAGGACGCAACAAGUUCGGAGAUGACAGGGACGGUGCGGUCCUCAGCAUUUCGAAAACUGACAGCCGUGCAGCAUCCUCAGCCCUGGCUCCGGAAGAGGAGGAAUCGGGUGAAGAGGAGGAAGUCACAACCAGCACCUCGGCCUCUACGACACAGACCACUACCCGAAGCCCAGAAGACGUCUUGGCGGACGAGGUGAAUGCUGCUGUGGAGGAGGCCGAGAAAGCAGCCGACGAAGCUGUGCAAGCGGUCUUGUCGACCUUGCUCUCGGACGCCGAUGGCAACAAGAGCAACGGUUCAGCAAUCCUAGGCAGUGUGACUCUAAAUGUCUCGGGGCGGCCGUUGCAAGUGAUUGCCGUCAGUGUUGCAAACGUGGAGGAGGACGAGACCCUGGAGGUCGAGCUUCCUAGUGGUACGGCGUCAGUGCCUGGCAACACCCUGCAGCAGCUCGCUGCAGCGGCGGGCACUGAUGUGGUCAUCCUGGCAGCAUCGUCGGCUAGCCCGCCAAGGAACUCAACCAACGAGUCUGGACUGAGUGAUGCUGAAACGGAGGUUGACGCCAGCUCUGCAGUGAUCUUGACUUUCCGAGAUGCAGAUGGUAAUCCAAUCGAAGCAGGAGACCUGGCCGAGCCCAUCGAGUUUAGCUUGACAUCGGACGAAGAGGAAGAUGACAUCAACCUUGUUAUGGAGACGGUUUCCAGCGAAACAUCAAAUGUGACCAGCUCAAAGACAAAGCCAACAACCAAGACGAAGCCAAAGGCAACAAGGGUGUGUAUGUUCUGGGACAAGAAGAGGAAGGUGUGGUCGAGAAUAGACCUGUACACCGUACUGAAAGCAGGCAAGAAGGUUCCGGGCAAAGUCGUAUGCAAGACGUACCACUUGUCAACCUUCGUCGUCGGGUUUCCUUCGCCCUCAUUCGAGCUGGCUUUCACGGCAAACGCUGUCAACGACAUCGGAGGUAUCCAGUACAGAUACUCUGGUGCCGCUGCGACCCCCAACGGAAAAGCUGUGUUUGCACCCUCCCUGGACUCACCGACCUCUGAUCUGGGAGUGUAUGACAUUGCUUUGGGCUCUUUCAGCACUGUGAGGACCUUGACAAAUCAGACAUGGAAAGGUGCUGCAGUGGUUGGUGACCUUGUUAUCUUUGCGCCGUCUGCAAGUGACGCCCAGGCCGUUUUGGGCAUCUUCAAUUCGACGGAUGAGACCUUCGAAGAGUUUUCCAUCGGUGUCAUCCCCGGGAACGGAACUCUUCGGCGAUUUUGCGGAGCAGUGGCCGCAAAACAGGAGCUCGUCGUCUUCGUUCCGGACAGUGCCUAUGUUAUCGGCGUUUACAAUGUCACCGGGAAGAGCUACCAGGAAGUCACGAACGGUGUUACGCAAGAUGCGUUCAAGCAUGGAGGAGCAGCAGUGGCGGGAGACUUGAUGGUGUUCCCACCCCUUGGACAGGACUACAUCGGUCUGCUGAGCAUCGCUGGCAACAUCAGCUCUUGGGUCUACGAGACUUUCGACAUCAGCAGCUUCGGCGUUGCUGGGCCGUCCAAAUUCCUAGAUGCCGCUGCGGUUGGAAACAAAGUGAUUUUUGGCCCCGCGGAAGGUCAGCACAUCGGAAUCUUUAAUGUCGUUGACAGGACCUUUGAGGUGCUCUUCGUCGGUGCCCAGUUUGCCGGCGCAGUGGCACUUGACGGCAAAGUGUUCUUUGCACCUGAGAGCAGCCAGCAGGUGGGGGUCUUCGAUGUGACGACGGGAGAGUACAGCACUUUGGACUUCUCCUUGGAGACGGGUGCUUCGAGAUCCGCGGCCGCCUUCGGCAACACAGUGGUCUUUGCACCCGACACAGCCACAUCUGUGUGGACAGUCACGGUGAUUAACAUCAAGGUGGAAGUGGACUUCAGGCUGGAGCUCGACAAUGCCACA